AUGGCACCACCUUCGACUUCUUCGCGCGCUGGGCGAUUGGCUGGAAAGGUCGCCAUCGUGACUGGUGGCGGAUCCGGCUUCGGCGCCGCAACCGUGCUCCUCUUCGCAUCCGAAGGAGCGCGGGUCCUCAUUGCAGACAUGAACGAGGAAGCUGCGAAAAAGGUUGCAGCAUCGGCAAAUUCCGCCAACAAUGGUUCCGUCGUGUAUCAGAAAGCCAACGUCGCAUCGCGGCAAUCCUGGGUCGAGCUGGUUGAGAGAAUAGAGAAAGACUUUGGCGGGCAAUUGGACAUUUUGGUCAACAACGCAGGUACCAGUUAUCCGUACAAGCCGACGCUGGAGGUUACCGAGGAGGAGUAUGAUAUGACUAUGAACGUCAACUGUAAGAGCAUCUUUUGGAGUAUCAACGUGUGCGUGCCAGCCAUGUUGAAGGCAGGUCGCGGGGGUUCAAUUGUCAAUACUGCUUCGAUUGGUGCUAUGAGACCUAGGCCCGGGUUAGUCUGGUACGCCGCCAGUAAAGGGACCGUUGCGAAUGCAACAAAAGGGCUCGCGGCAGAGUUCGCUCCCAUGGGCAUCCGCGUUAACUCGGUUUCUCCUCUCAUCGCCGCUACGGGGCUCUGGGAAAAGUUCUCAGGUGUGCCGGAUACGCCUGAGAAUAGAGCGAAGUUCACAAGUGGCGUGCCAAUGGGUCGUCUGGUAGAACCAGAGGAGGUGGCCAAUGCGAUCCUGUUUCUGGCUUCAGACGAGUCUGCCUUUAUCGUUGGCGAGGAUAUCAAGGUGGACGGUGGGAAGACGAUCUGA